UGGCUACCGACGCGCGGUAUACCUGUGGUAAUUAUAUCGGUGUCACAUGACUAAACAAGUUUGUACAAGUCAGAAAGUCAGAGUUUGUAAUGGCCGACAGCUUGAAAACCGCUAGAAAGCUACAUUGUAGAAGGAGCUGCCAGGUUCCGGAAGUUAAUAAGUGUGUUAUUCAAGCAUCGGAAUAAAUCGUUGUGUUUAUAAUCGGUUGUCGUCGUGGUUUAUGAGCCCCAUCGCCUCGCGGGCCUGCGCGAGGAGGUGACAGUUUUCAAGCUAUAGAGUCAAGUUGUCAAGCUAGUCUGAGGAUUUGGAGCUAGUUCGACGAGAAGGAAGUAUUUACGGUGAUACAGAAGGAUUUGUGGCGUGAUUUGUGGCCAUAACAUAGUGAUAAUGGUACAAAUUUUACGAAGGCAGAUAAGGAGCUAAAGCAAGCCCUCGAAGAAUGGGAUCUCGAGAGGAUCAACAGGUUUUGUAUCCAAAGGCGGAUUAAGUGGAGCUUUAUCCCACCUGCGGCAAGCCACAUGGGUGGUGCAUGGGAAAGGAUGGUACAGACUACCAAGCGUGUGUUGAAGUCGCUGUUGAAUGAACAAAUAGUUUCCGAUGAGGUGCUUCUCACGGUAAUGGCGGAGACCGUGAACAUCAUCAAUAGCAGACCACUGACACGUAACAGUGAUGAUAUCGAGGAUGAGAUGCCCCUAACUCCCAACCAUUUGCUUCACUUGAGACCAACGCCUAGUGUGCCACCAGGCGUAUUUGGAAAGGAAGAUAUGUAUUGUAGGCGAGCCUGGAGACAAGCCCAAUAUCUGAGCAACAGAUUUUGGCGUCGGUGGACAAGUGAAUAUCUCCCAACGCUGAUGGAGAGAACGAAGUGGACUACUGUCAGAGAAAACCUCAAGGAAGGUGAUGUAGUUCUUUUGGCUGAUGAGAACUUUCGGAGAGGCGAAUGGCCACUUGCACGUGUGAUGGAAGUCCUACCAAGUAGUGAUGGCCGUGUGCGCAGCGCCAUGGUGAAGACGGUAUCUACUGUCGCGACGCGAGCGAAAAGACGGAGGCGAGGAGAUGUUCAAGUGAGCAGCACUAUACUUACGCGACCGGUGACGCGUCUCUGUAAAUUGGAGAUGGAUAACUAGAGAGUGAACUGCGUAAUGUAAAGUAACGGAGAUAUCGUCGGUUGCCGCUUGAUUAAGUGUAAAUAAAAACUUUCAGGUAGUUUAUAUUUAGGGGCCGGUGUGGCUACCGACGCGCGGUAUACCUGUGGUAAUUAUAUCGGUGUCACAUGACUAAACAAGUUUGUACAAGUCAGAAAGUCAGAGUUUGUAAUGGCCGACAGCUUGGUGAGUUUUUCAUUUUCUCGAUUCUUAUGUCGUUUGUUAUUCGCACUUAUAGCUGUAAUUUAUUGUAGAAAACCGCUAGAAAGCUACAUUGUAGAAGGAGCUGCCAGGUUCCGGAAGUUAAUAAGUGUGUUAUUCAAGCAUCGGAAUAAAUCGUUGUGUUUAUAA